AUGACCGAUGAAGAAUGUACAAUUCAAGUACAUGUUCGUCGAACAGGUGAAAUUGUUUCAAUAAAAGUAAUUCCAUUGUUAACCACUUAUGGUAAUAUCAUUAAAAAGACAUGUAAGAAAAUAAAAGAACCAGAACCAAGUCAUUAUUAUAUGGUAUUCAAUUAUGAAUAUGAAAUGAAAGAUGAUAUGCUAUUUGAAGAAAGACAUAAAAAUGGACCAUUUCAAAUGAUUAUGAGAACAAAAUGGUUAUUAGAAUACAUUGCUGAACAAACAAUGCAUAAAAAACAAUUAGAACCAAAUAUGAGACAGUUACUUGAUACAGAUAUUCCUACUGUAGAGGUUCCAGCCACUUCACCAAUCAUUAACUACGAAAUCUCGCAAGAUUCAGCGAUAACAGAUAUCUCUAUACCAACACAUCUUAUUUCUGAUCAUGAUAAUUCAAGAGCAGAAUAUUCAAAUCAACAAAAUAAACAAAUACUAAGCGAUGUUGUUCGAUCAACAAUUCAAAGAAUACCAAGAGGAGAUGUACAAAAAUAUCUUCAUACAGCUCUGGGAAAAUCUUUUGAUAUAUUAUUAAUGGGUUCACCUCGUGUUGGUAAAAGUACAUUGAUUAAUGCUAUACUUAAAAAAGAUAUUGCUAAGACAAGUGCUGGACGUAAUGCAUGUACAUCAAAAAUAGCUUGUUAUGAAUACAAAGAAAUUUAUACAUCAUCAAUCGAUGAUACGUCACCAACAACAUCAACUUGUUCAAUAAGAAUUUGGGAUGCACCAGGCAUUGAAGAUUGGACCAAAUUGGACGUUGCAAAACAUAUAGAAACUUUAGUUAAAAACAAAAAUCCAAUUUGUUUAAUUUAUUGUGAAUCCCCAGGUUCUUAUGCAAAUGGUGAACAUAUUAAAGUUAUUAUUGAUCAAUGUAAUAAAUUAAAAGUAUUUAUUGCUUUAGUAGUUACUAAUAUGUAUGCUUCGGAUGAAGCUGAUGAUAUUUUAGAAAAUUUUAAAAGUCUUCUUGCUUAUCAUAGUAUACAAACGAAAGCUUCUGGAGAUGUCUUUUAUUAUGGUACUAUUGGUCUUUGUACAUUAGUUAAUUCAGUAGAAUAUGAAGCACAAGGUGUAAUAAUGAAACCAGCUGGUAUUGAUGAAUUUAUGUUAGGUAUUAUGAAUUCAUUAAGUGAGGAGAAAUUAUUACAAUGGUGUUUUUCUCUAAUGGAUAAUGGUCCAUUUUGGGUUAGAACACAAGGUAGAAUAUGGAAAACACUUCAUUAUUUGAAGAGUUGGUUCGGUUAUUAA